AAAACCCCUACAGCAAAGCUGUGCCGGGGUCUGGGGUCGCUGAGAAUCAGUGUGGGCGGGAUCAACGGUUUCCUCUGCACUCAAUGCAACGCAAUAGGAUGGCGAACAACCAACCAGAGUGAUGAGGAAUGAUUACGUAUUGCAGCGCGACAGGAAGUACUUGGUAGAGUGUAGGCAGUAGGAAAUAGAACGAAUGCCAGGCCAGCGAGCGUUUUCUCUACGGGCUAAUGUCAGAGUGAGAGGAAAGAUUUACCAACUAGCACUCCAAUCUGCUAUUGUAGAGACUGCACGCGAACUACGUGAACAUGGAAAUGAAUGAUUGUUGCCGUUUUUGCAACAAAAAUAUGCGAAUAUCUGGCGUGAUUUCUAAUUCAGCACUUAUCUUUGACAGCCAGAAAGAAAAACAAACCAUUGCUGACAGAUUAAUGCAGGUUGGCGUGUCGGUGUUGAAAACACAGACAAAAUCGAACAGAAUUUGUAGGCCUUGUGUGCGGUUACUAACGAGAAUGGAACAGGACCUGCCGGUGUUCCGAAGAUGGGUGCAGGAGGAGGGAGCAUCCACCACGACUUCAGAUACCUCUGGUUCUACACAGAAACGUGACCGCGAGCCGACUCCAUCCAAAACACCAAGGGCAUUGAAAAAGUUCUGUGAUAAACCAGCAAGUCCGGGAAAAGGGGCUGCCGUUCGUGUCAACAUCGCCCAGGUCAUUUCUGAUCAAGAGGUGCACAAAUCUGAGAAUGCUUUGUUGGUGAAACAUAUCAUGAACAAAAAAUGGAAAGCAGCGGCCAAACUAAUCAUGAAGCAUGAGGAGCUUUCACAGGAAGUGAAGGCCAGCAUCCUUACAGUCAUUGAAAGUGAAUCCAGAGCACUCUGCGACCCCAGCAAGAAAUGCAUGUUGUGGAGGUCUUCACCAGAAGAUUUGAGUUCUUUCUCAUUUAGCAGCCUGGAGUCAGACCUGCAGCGCCUCUCACCACUCCUCUUGUCCAUCUUCACAACCAUCACAAAACACUCACGUUUUGUCACCUGUGCUGCUGCUGCAAUUGCAUUAAGAGGUAGAGAAAAUCGCCUGUCUGGGUUCGCUUACUACAUCAACUGCAUUCUGCAAUAUGGGGGUGCAAAGAAAGCAGUGUUUGAAAGGCUCAGCAAAUUUGCCAUUUCAACAACAUACAAGAAUGCUAUUGGAAAGCAGAAGGAAUUGGCAAACAAUUGUGGAUCUGGUCUUUGGUCAUUGAAGAGGCAAAACGAAGAAUUCCUGGCAAUGGAAGCUGGGUGUCAGCCUGUCAGUGAAGAGCAGGACGAAACCUCCAUAGAUGCCUGGACGGAGUCUGAGAUGAUACCCGGUGAUGUGUUCCGAAGUAUGGAAGACCUUCGAAUAUCAGGAGAAUUGGCUGAAAGCUGUGCCACAGACCAGGCCACAUCAGGGGAAGGGAUCACAUCUGAGCUGGCUGAAAACGUCACGGAGCAGGCAACAUCAGAUAAAGAGUUGAGGACCUCAUCAGAGUUGACUGAAGGAAGUGCCGUGGACCAGGGUUCUGGACAUGAUGUGAGGAUCACAUCUCAGUCGUUGGUGGAGAAGUGCUCGACUACACCACACACUUAUUCCAUCAUCUUUGAUAAUUUAGAUUUUUUCAUGCACACACACCACCAGUCCACCCUACACAGUAACAAGUCAAUUCAUUGGAUACACCACAUCGCUGUCCAGGACCGUGUCCCCAUUUAUCACCUGGCUAAUGACAAACCAAUUGGAAAUCUUCUGGACUAUGACCUGAAUUUGUCACUCCCUAGCCAGAAUGAACAAAUGCAGAUGCGAAGAGAGUUCAUUGUUUUCACCAGCCGAAUCCUGUCUAGCUAUCUGUCUGUAUUCAAGCCAUUCUCCAAUGUGGUUGUGCGACACAUACCGCAUCAGUAUUCAGCAGAAAUGGCGCAGCAUUCCACUGAUUACCCAUUAGGACUGCUUUUCAAAGAUGAAAACAAAUCUGCCGAUUUGGCAGAAGUACUUCAUCACUUUCAGAACACGUAUGUACCAAAACAGCCUGAUGGGAUUUCAACCAUUUUGGUUGGAGGCGACAGGCUUUCCGAAGCAAAUAGCAGAAACCUGCAGUGGGCCUAUGCCAAUGGUCUGAAUACGGAGGAGCGAUUGGAUGGCAUGGAAUUCAUGUUUGAGGACUGGCAUGCGAUUAGGAUGCUAUUUCAAAUCCACUACAAAGUGUUCUUCAGUGAGAAAUCUGCAAAGGACCAUGGGACUCUGUGCGCCAACAUGACAAAGUUGAGGUGCAGCAAUGCGAAACAGGGUCCCAAGGCUGCCUACAACGCAUACAAACAUUUUGUCAUCACAGACACUACUGCGCUGCUUCUGACGGCUGCCAUGGAGCACUUUGGCCUGAAGGAUAUCGAAGAAAUCCCGGAAUCGUUUGUUCCUGAGGACAUUGCAUCAGGAUCAACAGACACGAGGCGAACAUGGUUGCAUGCCAAAUCUGCUGAGGUGGUCGAUAAGUACAUCCUGCUUGGGGAUGCGGUUGAGGCCAUGACUGGUCUCGGCGAAGCAGAUGUGACAUCGACUCAGGCAACGCAGUACCCUUGUCGAGCGCCAGGCUGUCAGCAGGUAUACACCUAUCCCAAAUCCAGAGACAAUCACGAGCUUAAAAAGCACAACUUACACGUGUCCCCCGAAACAUUGCCUGGUACAUCACUCAACAAAGACCACAAGCAGGAACAUACCUUGGCGCGUCUCAGCUUCAGCUUUCUCCUUUGGGACAUGCUGGAUGCUGUGAAAGAGGGUGACGGAGAACGACUGAUGAGGCUGUACAAAGUAGCUCUGCUCUUCUACAAAGCCCAUGCGCACAGCCACUAUGCAUACAGUACGUUACUCCUGACACUUCAGGUGAAUGCGUGCCUGACGCCUCGGAUGUCGCACAGCGUGACCUGGAACAGGUUUUGGAGCACUAGGGGAGGGAAUGGAGGCAACAUCCCCUUAGACCUUCAUUUAGAACACCUCAACAACUUCCUGAAGUCUUUCUUGAAGGGUCAGGGUCCAAACCUGUCUGAAGCGUCUGCUAGCCGAGUCAGCAAGGCCAUAGGCGUUUUGAAAGAGAUAAUGGACAAAGUUGAUAGUGAACUGGGUGUGAAAAAGCCAAGUGGCAUCCAUCGUGCUGAGCAGCAGACACAGGAUAUAUUGACUCUGAUUAAUGUUUUCAGGGAGGGUCAACUGUUGUCAAAGAUACCUGGAAGGGAAUUUCGGGCUUUCCCGAAGUUUGACAGCAAUCUGUUGCACAAAAUGAAAAAAAAGGAAAUGUGGGAGUGGAUGAUGCUCAAACUGAAAGAGUGGAGAAAACUGAAAAAAUAAAUCUCACUCAUUGGUAGUUUCUUGUCUUGUGAAGUCCCUAUAGGUAUCUUCAGAUCUAUGCAGUACUUAGGUAUUUAAGCAUUAACACUUGAUGACUCAUAAUUGCACCCUUACCUUUCUGCACUUUACCAUGCAUUCAGUUUGUCAAAAUAUUGUCUAGACUGUUACAGGCCUCUUCUAACAGGCGUAUUUAAUUACACUUAUUUAGCACAAUUUUUCGGUGUUUGCUGCGAGUAUCUCGACUUGUAAAACAUGUUUAAACUCAAUUGAACCAGCCAGUUCCAACCCAGUCACUUUAAAGCACAUUGUAUGUAACAUUGUCACUUGUCAGAAAUGUUUUUUUUGUUUUUACUUUGUAUCUACAGUAUUUGACUACCGGUUACCAUUUCACAAUCAAGAAUAUCUUGCAUUUCUUUUCUUAAUACUAUUUGACUAC